CAGGAACACAGAAGUGCCCGACUCCCGAGCCUAGUAACGCAACAGCGUGCAUAAGGCUUGGACGAAAUUCGCGAGGCUUACUGCGCCUUGUGACUCCAUUCGACGCCAUCCAGCGAAUCGGAAGAUGCCAAUGGAGAGGACCCAUUGAAGAUCCAGAGUUUGAAGAGUCCGGCACGGAGGAACAAGUGGAAGAGAGCUUCUUGGCUCGUGGCUAUGGGCAUGAAGGGGUGUUUGGGUUCUCGUGAUGGUGGAGAUAGGCUUGUACACUUCAUCUAGCUGCAUCUUUUGAAGGACGGAUGGAAACGCAAGGGGAGCAUCCCAGAACCAAGAGCACAGCAUGUAUGGAUUGAGGGAGAAGUCCGGGAGAUCACCAAUGGAGUCCCUAGCGAGCCCACUGCCCCUGUGCACCAGGUGGGGUUCUGGAACUCUUGAACUCUCCGAUCCCAAAAUAACGGGGGAACAACAACUCCCGUCUCACAACAUAGAUUGCACCGUACAGCUUGUACAAACUGCACGCCACUCGUUCCUGCGCUCUAAACCGAGCCAGCCGCAGCUUUUCCCGCAAGUCAUACGCAGAAAACAUGUUUCUCGCGCUCCACCUGCAAGAAACCGCGAGAACUCGUCUCCCCUGCUCGAAAACGCCACAGAAAGAUCAGACGACAACUCCAGCCGCAACCGCACAGAUCUGAGCAGGGAGCGAGAUCGAAUGUUUCGUUUCAUGUUGCGCUUUGACGCUGCUCUCUACCUUCUGCAGGCCUUUGAGAUUCGAAUUCUGCAGCUCCCUCAGGCAAGCAUUACAGCUGUCAUCAUAAUUAGACAUCCUGAAUUCGUGCUGGAGGCCGGUGGUGAUAGCUUCACGCUAUGUACGGUGUUUGUCGGUCCAGACUCCACAUUAGUGCCGAUACGACAUAUCACAGGUACGAGAUCCAUCGUGCUCGUCUUCGUACAGCCUCACACGAACUCCAAUGGGUUCUCGUGCAAUCAAUAUUUGAAAAUCCCAAGCUCCUGA